UCUAGCCGGCCAGAGUUUGCAACACUGGCGUGAACCAUAGAUUUUCAGUACUGAAAAAAAAACGGAACGUAAUGGACGGUAUUUCUGCAAAUUCUACGGUUGCAAUAGAUUCUGAGCCGGAAGUGAUUGAAUUGGAUUCCACUUGUGAUAUGAGCGAAAUUACUUGUCUUACCAACGAUUCAAUUAACAAUUCUAAGAAUGCAGAAUGUUUGGUGCCGAAUGCUAUUCGUUCGCAGCCUGUUUUUAGGGUUAUGUUUCGUGACGAAAGUGUUUCCAGGCAAUAUCGACAAAGAUUAAAAGCUUUUUUGCAUACUUUGAUACAAUCUGAACUAUCUCACGAAGAAGAUUCCAAUGAAUCCAGUCUUGUCUUAGACAUUUGGGACAAUCAAAAUUGUUACAAAGAAUCAUGUGGUAAUAUUAAAUAUAAUAAUGAUAUGAUACAUGAUUCACUGUUCACAAUUGAUAAACAACCAAAUGUAGUACAUGAUUCAGAUGUUCCAACUUAUGGACAAAAAUACAGAGAUAGAUUUGAAGAAUCUGAUUCUGAGAUAUCCAAAGAUGCCGUAUCCAAAUUAAAUUGCUUCAAUUGCAACGGAAACCAUAAUAUGCGAGAUUGUCCACUACCUAGAAAUCAAGCUAACAUUAAAAAGAAUCGUAAAGAAUUUGCAAAAAAUAAUAUAGGAAAUCGAUACCAUAUGAGCGAAGAUCAAAGAUUCAGUCAUAUAAUUCCUGGUCAAUUAAGUUCAAAACUACGGAAGGCCUUGGGAUUAAAAGAUAAUCAACUACCUAGACAUAUAUAUAGAAUGAGAUUACUCGGCUAUCCUCCAGGCUGGUUGGAAGAAGCACGCUUGCAACAUUCUGGAUUAUCGUUAUUUAACUCCGACGGAAUUGCAGAAACUGACCCCACUGAAGAAGAAGGUGAAAUCAUUACGGAUGUCGACAAAGAUCAAUAUGACCUGAAAAAGAUUUACGACUUUCCUGGUUUUAAUGUACCACCUCCUCCUGGUACUGUUGAUGAUAGUGAUAAAUAUUGGGUACCACAAAUGCAAUCUCUACAUAGUAAAGAAGUAAUGUUGUCGUGCCUCCAAGGUAAAGAAGCUGAAGAUGGUUACAAGCGGAAAAAACUCAAGCUUUCUGUACCUAUUGUAAAUACUGUACAAAUACCUAGUGACAUGGAGAUAGAAGAUGCAGAAGAAACUGUUUUAGAGAAUGUGCCUGUUAAUAGACAUUUUGCAUCACCGUUACCGAAAAAAUUGCCGCAACUUCCUCCUCCUCCUCCUCCUCCUCCUCCUUCUCACCCACCAUCACCACCGCCACCACUACCACCAUUGUCUACAGGAUUGUUUCAACCGAUAACAGUGGAAGAUUCGGAUUCGCAAUCGCAAGAGUUAUCUUCUUUCGAUUCCGCGGAUGACUCAACUCUCUUGAAUGUAAACUCGCCAUCUUUAUCCGACUUGGAAAACACGAAAAAAGAAUUACUUAUACAACUUGAUGAUACAAGUUCUCAAGUCGAUUCUGAUUAUACAUCGUUUGAGAAAAACAAUUUAAAAAUUUUGUCGAAUCAAAAUUUCACUGAGAACUCAGACUCGCGGAUCUCUUCGGACGCGUUAUGUAAAACUACUACUGAUUUGAAUGAUACGUAUUUAUCCAACAACACUCCGACAUCACCUUGUAUUUCGCGAAAAUCUUCCCAUGUGAAUCAAGCUUCUCUCAAAUCCGUGCACUUAGGUACACCGAUAUUACCGAGUACCUCACCGUAUAGUAAACUACCAUCGUCAGAAAAGUUUUCCAAAAAUAUCUGUGAUGUUAUCAACUUUGAAAAUCUGCCUGACUCAACGGGUAAAUACGAACAAAUGUCGGAAGUCUUGCAAAAAGUCAGAAAUACUAUGGCAAAAUUGAAUCAACUAACGUAAAUCUAUUACAAAGUGACAAGAACAAUAUUUGUAAUUAUGGAGAUUGAACGACAACGCGCGAUUUUCUCUCGAGUUAUUUAUCUUUCUUUUCUUUUUGUAACUCUUGACGAAAAAAACGAUAUUCGCAAACAAAUUUAUAUUUUAUUACAAAUAUUUUUGCCCCUAUAAAUAACGAGAAAAUGUGUUUACAAAUAUAUACGCAAAAGAUUUUUCUCUGGGAAAUAUAUCGAAUGCCAAAUAAAAGUUUCUUAGUGAUGUAUGAUAGAAUUUUCUUUCCUCGUACUAUACUUUUCAAAUAUUGUCUAGAUAAACCGAAUGAUUUGCUUUCUUUUACACACGCACACACACACACACAUACACAUACACACAUCAAAUCUUAUUCUACCUAUCUGGAAGAUUUCUCUUUUUGAUACUCGAUGAAAAGUCUUACAUUGAAUAUGAGAACUUGCAUUACUCGUAAUCUUUUUACCAUUCGAUAUGAGUGACGUAAAAAAAUUUGGACUUCUUAUGCAAACGAUUAUUUUAUAAUAUUAGAUUGUUCAAUACAGAUGGCUUUGUUUUAAAGAUUCCGAGUUUUAAAACACGAUGAAAUUUGAGGUAUGACCUCAGGACCUUGUUGGUAAUAUUUAGAAAUGUAUUAAUUAGGCAUUAAAUGAGCCAAUGCAGGGUGGUGUGCAGAAUCAAUAUGUACGAAUUGUUGAGACGUUUCGACUUUAUUUUAAGUCCUUAUCAAUCUAUAAAAUAUCGAGAUAAUUCAUUUACAGACCAACAUUUUGAUAUUAUUUGUACAUACUAUAAAAAUUAAUAUUCUAUAAAUAAUGGUUAAAAUUGUAGAGUCCUAAUUUACACAUAUUUACUUUUAAACACAUUACGUUACAAUAAGAUUAAAUCACAAUUGUCAUGGUGAAGUGUCUUUAACUGAAUGAAACGAAGUAUGAAAACGCUCCAUCUGAGAAAUUCAUUUGAGAAAUUGUAUCAAAUCACAUCUAACUCCUAAACAUAUUUCCAAUAUUAGAUCUUCCAUUCUAAAAUUACUCAUUAUAAAAAUUUACACAAACUAAACAAUAUAAUCAAACACAGUUUAAAAAAUAUUGAAAUUUGAAAUAAAUGAAAAUUACAAAAAAUUGAAACAACUAAAUUUCAACUUACACAAUACUAUUAGAGAAUGAUAUAAUAACGUUCUGUAUAACAUUCUGUAUAAUUUCUUUGCUUCAAGAGAGUUCCUUACACAAAUUUUAUACGUCCAAAAAAUACACUUUUAACAAAAAAUUCUCAUCCUUAAAAUUUAAACAAUUAAUAAAUAUUAAACCUAUAAAUUAUUACGCUAAUAUUAAACAAGAUAACUCUCUAAAAAUGACAUUGAAUUUGAUUUCAAUCCAACAGAGUCUGAAACAAACAAGAAAAUUCACAUUAAUAUUGAACCAUCUAGUUUCAAUAAAAAAGAACCGUUUAAUAUAGAAUUGCACGAUAAUUGGUUUGUCAAUCUUACUAAUACCAGUAUUCCAAAAGAAGUCAUACAACUAGUACAAUUAGGUGAUAAAUUUUGUUUACCUGUCUAAAAUAAAAAACAGUGAUUAUAGAAACAAUUAAGGAUGUUGAAAAUAAUAUAAAGAAACUAGAUCCAGUAACGAAAAACGAGAUAAGGAAUAAGACGGUCCUAUCCUAUCUUAAUAAAUUUUUAAAAGAUGACAGACCGAUUUCCAAAUUAGAACAAGACAUAAUCCGCAAAGCUAAAAUUACAAACAAUUUUCUUAAAAAUAAUCCGAAUAUUUUCUUUACGAGGGCAGAUAAAGGCAACACAACGGUAGCGAUUUUAAAAACUGAAUACAUAAAUAAACUUAAUGAAAUGUUAAAAGACACUAACACAUAUUCAAUUAUACUAGAAAAUCCAGUCAAAAAAAUAGAAAACCAACUUAGAGAUAUGUUAAAUAAAUGGCUAAACAAUAAUUUCAUCGAAAAACAUACCAAAGUUUCACUACUAUCAAAUGAUUCCUUACUCCCCAGAGCAUACGGAGUCCCUAAGAUACAUAAACAGGGCUAUCCAUAUCACAUUAUAAUACCUACAAUCGAUACACCUUUACAUAACAUAGCAAAAUAUUUACAUCAAAUUCUUUACAAUAGUACACCUAAAUCACCAUUUGCUGUAAAAAAUAGUUACUUAUUGUUGAAAGAUUUUCGACACGACAAUAAUUUUUGAAUUUAUUUUUUUUUCCUUGUAACCGACACGACACGACAAUAAAGUCUGUUGAGACCGACAAACAAGAUGUACUUGAAUUCACCUUCAAUUUACAACCAAACAUCGACACAAUAACUUAACAGUUCGAAUUAACAACAAGAGCUAAGGACACUUGACCUUGCCUUACCCGACACGACGAAUAAUAUAUGUCAGGAAUAAAUUGAACACGUCACCAUAAUUAUUACGCUGGCCAAUAUAUAUUUAUUUGUUGUCUUUAAUAUAAGUCUUUAAUUAACAAAAUAACCACUAAGUCCUCGUGGACAGUUCGACCGUGUUCUUUACACAAAUUCUCGCUCGCGGUACGACAGCUUUCUUGUUACAAGUUCUCGCUAGCGGUACGACAGCUUUCUUAUCACAAGUUUCCACUCGCGGUACGACAGCUUCUGCACGACCGUUCAGGUCGCCCGUUACAACAGAAGUCCGCCUAUGUUCUUUUCAGCACGAGAGCACACGUCUUCUUCGAAUUCUGGAAGACUCUCGAAUUUGCUUGCCUGCCACGCGGUCGCCCGCUGACGCUGCCGCUAGC